AGCCGGAGCCGCAAGUGGCCCGCGCUGGCCCCCACGCAGGGCGGGCCCCGCACGCUUAUUCUGCCCGGGAGGAGCGCCCUGCCCAGCCCGCCGCCGACAGCCGCUGCGGGAUGCUGCGCUCCACGUCCACCGUCACCCUGCUCUCGGGCAGCGGCUCCAGGGCGCCCGGGGCGCCCAGCAGGAGGGUGGAUGUUUUUCCCUUGGGUGAGCCCAGGUGCAGAAGCUCGGAGCACGAUGGAUGUGGAUCCGCGGGUGCUCCCAAGGCAAAUGUCUGUAGGCUGCGGCUGACUGUGCCCCCCGAGAGUCCAGUUCCUGAGCAAAGCGAAAAGAAGAUUGAGAGAAAAGAGCAGCCUCCUGACCUAAGCAAUGCAGAACCUACCAGGAAACUUCCUCAGGGAGUCGUUUAUGGUGUGGUGCGAAGAUCUGAUCCGAAUCAGCAGAAGGAAAUGGUGGUGUAUGGCUGGUCCACCAGUCAGCUGAAAGAAGAGAUGAACUACAUCAAGGAUGUGAGAGCCACUUUGGAAAAAGUAAGGAAGCGAAUGUAUGGAGACUAUGAUGAAAUGCGACAGAAGAUCCGACAGCUCACGCGGGAACUUUCAGUUUCCCAAGCUCAGCAGGACUACCUAGAGAAUCACAUCCAAGCCCAGUCUUCAGCUCUGGAUAGUGUUAAUGCCGUGAACUCAGCCUUGGCAUCGGACUCCAUUGGUCUGCAGAAAACCCUCGUGGAUGUUACUUUGGAAAAUAGCGACAUCAAGGAUCAGAUUCGAAAUUUGCAGCAGACGUAUGACGCAUCCAUGGAGAAGCUACGGGAGAAGCAGAGGCAGUUAGAGGCGGCGCAAGUUGAAAAUCAGUUGCUGAAAAUGAAGGUGGAAUCAUCCCAAGAAGCCAAUGCUGAGGUGUUGCGAGAGAUGACCAAGAAGCUGUACAGCCAGUAUGAAGAGAAGCUGCAGGCAGAGCAGCAGAAGCACAGCGCUGAGAGAGAGGCCCUCCUGGAAGAAACCAAUAGUUUCCUGAAAGCUAUUGAAGAAGCAAAUAAAAAGAUGCAAGCAGCAGAGAUCAGCCUAGAGGAGAAAGACCAGAGGAUCGGGGAGCUGGACAGGCUGAUUGAGCGCAUGGAAAAGGAACGGCAUCAGCUUCAACUCCAACUCUUGGAACAUGAGACAGAAAUGUCAGGGGAAGUAAUUGAUUCUGACAAGGAGAGGUAUCAGCAGCUGGAGGAGGCGUCAGCCAGCCUCCGAGAGCGGAUCCGACACCUCGAUGACAUGGUGCACUGCCAGCAGAAGAAAGUCAAGCAGAUGGUCGAGGAGAUUGAGUCAUUAAAGAAAAAAGUGCAGCAGAAACAGCUCUUAAUAUUGCAGCUUUUAGAGAAGAUCUCUUUCUUAGAAGGAGAGAAUAAUGAACUACAAAGCAGGUUGGACUAUUUAACAGAAAUCCAGUCCAAGACUGAAGUGGAAACCAGAGAGGUUGGAGUGAGCUGUGAUCUCCUACCCAGCCAAACAGGCAGGACUCGCGAAAUCGUGAUGCCUUCCAGGAACUACACCCCAUACACCAGAGUCCUGGAGUUAACCGUGAAGAAAACUCUGACUUAGGCACUUAGAUACAUGCACUUUGAACUGCUGGACAGAGGCCCUGGCACCCUGGGACUUGAAACCAGGAAAGGGUGCCCGUUGUUUCUUUAUUAACCCAGUGUCAGCCAGAUUGGAAAUGGCUGAAGCUCUGAUCCACUUCUAAGACAGGAGGGGAAGUGGAGGUAGAGAGGGUGGGUGAGAGACCGGUGAGUAUAUGAGGUCAUUUGUCAAACACCCAACCAAGUACCUGCUGCCCCUGCUGGCCUGCAUCACGGGUUGUUUCUAUGGACACUGAAAUCUUAGCAAAAUUCCCUUGUAAUUUCUCUUCUGUGACUUUGGUUGGGGGAGCGGGGGAAGGGCAUUAUUUUGAAAGUUUGUGUUAUUCACACCAGGAUCACUUGUUACAGCAAGAAGGCUUUGUUUACCCAUAAAAGUAUUAGGGACAGUGUUUCUCUGGCACAGGGAAACCUGACCAUGAGGAGCAGGGGCAGCCAGAAAAACUUGAACCUGGGGGGACGCGUACCCUGCUGCACGGGGCUCUCUGCUCUUGGCCCCGAGGAUCUGUGCAGGGCUGUUGUGGGAGCCUCAGUUAGAAACCUGUGUGGGCCAGACAAGCUUCCCUCUCAUGCGCUAAUCCUUUGGUUUAAUUUGUGCCUUAUGCCUUUAUCGGGCGAGCUGAAAUCACUCUAUUUAUUCAAACUGUGAUUUGUUUUUUCUUUCUCACUUUAACUUAAAGAGAAUUUUGUACGUUGUGCAUAUUUCAUCUUUUAACGUGUUCAGUCUCAUUUUGUGUUUUUGUCAAAUGAAUGAAUAAUCUGUUCACGCAUGCUCUUCUUUGAUAUUGUAACCUGUGUCACCCAUGUUUAAUAAAAGCCAUAUAUUUUGUUCUA